AUGACUACACCCACUGAGCUUCCGCCAACCAUGCGAGCCGCCCAAUGGCGCUCCAUCGCUGGUGGCAUUGAAAAGAACCUCACACUGAACGCUGAGGCCAAACUACCAAAGAACGCCCAUUCCCUACCAAAAGACCACACUCUUGUCAAGGUUGCCUACGCGUCCCUGAACCAUCUCGACUACAAGCCAGCCGAGAUGCCAUUGGGCAGCACCUUCAUCAAGAAACCCGCCACUCCUGGGCUGGACUUUUCCGGCACUGUUGUUGCCACCUCGCUGUCCGAUCUCAAGCCUGGUCAGCGUGUUUUUGGAAGAACUGAGCCCCCAGUAGGUGGAACCUUAGCAGAGUACGUCGAAGUCAGAAAGGCGGGUGUUGCACCUGUUCCUGACGGUGUAUCUCUGAGAGAUGCCGCCUGUGUGGGCAUCUGCGGCACAGCACCUCUUCAAUCCUUUGCUCCGUACCUAGAACCCGGAAAUAAGGUCCUCAUCAAUGGCGGCAGCGGUGGCGUUGGUGUCUUUGCCAUCCAGAUCGCCAAAGCUUUGGGCUGUUCUCAGGUCACCGCCGUCUGCUCAGGUGUCAACGCGGACCUAUGCCGAAACCUUGGUGCUGACGAAGUGAUUGACUACAAAGCCGAAGAUAUCGUCACGGCACUCAAGCGAACCGGUCACCAAUACGACCAUAUCCUGGAUACCAUCUUUGCCAAGCCUGAGCUGUAUUGGCAAUGUCACCACUACCUCAAACCCCAGGGGACGUAUGUAGCUGUUGGCCUGCCGCCCCAAUUCAAGACUUUCAAGACACUAUUCGCCAUUCACGUACUCCCCAAGUGGCUCGGAGGCGGCCAGCGAAAGUUCGUUUUCCACUCAGUGAGUGCAAACACAAAGGAUUUCGGGCAAGUUGCACAGUGGAUCGAGGAGGGCAAGGUCAAGCCAGUCAUUGAGGAGGAGUACAGUUUGGAGGACGCUGCCAAAGCAUAUGCAAAGCUGAAGUCGGGGACCGCCAAGGGGAAGUUAGUUAUCCGUGUGUGUGGUGAGCCUACAUCGUCAGAAUGA